GCCUUCAUAACCAAAAUACUUCGGCACGGAUCACGCGGGCUAUUACCAGUCUGUCAAUCCUGAUUUGUGCCACAAAGGACGGCAGGACCGAGAAACGAUUUAGGACCUGUUAAGCAAGUAGGCUACACCAAGCAGACGUAUCCUCUGUCAUAGGAGAGACGCGUCGAAAGUCUUAAACCGGUAAAACGAGCAAAAGGAAGGAAGAAAAGGGGUUGCCUAAUUUGGGAGUGCAGAUACUCUCGCUGUUCACAGGCGAACUGAGACGUUGCUGCACCUGGGAAUAGAUUUAUCCCAGUCGAUACCAUGUUGGCAUUAAUCGUGGCAGCUGUGGUUGUGGUUGGAGUUUAUGUUAUUCUUGUCGAAACACUCUUCAAGAAGUCGAAGUGUAAAAGCUGUACAGCAAUGGUCGGGAAGACUGUGAUUAUCACGGGGGGGAACACAGGCAUUGGGAAGGCCACAGCCGUAGACCUGGCCAGGAGGGGGGCCAGAGUCAUCCUGGCCUGCCGAAAUCAGCAGAGAGCAGAGGCUGCUGUCAGUGACAUCAAGAGGGAAAGUAGAAACGCAGAAGUUGUGUACAUGCAGCUGGACCUGGGGAGCCUGCAGUCUGUGCGCUCCUUCACCGAGACCUUCCUAAAGACAGAACCAAGACUGGACCUGCUCAUCAACAAUGCAGGCUUAGUGGCAGAUGGUCGCACGGAGGACGGGUUUGGGAUUGAGUUCGGGGUCAAUCACCUGGGUCACUUCCUCCUGACCUGCCUCCUCCUGGACCGGCUGAAGGAGGGCAGCGGGGGACGGGUGGUCACCGUGUCCUCCAUGGCCUACCGCUGGGGCACCAUAGACUUUGACUCCCUCAUUUCCAACAAAGACCUGGGCACCGGGAGGUACAGCUGGCAGUUCUUCCAUGCGUACUGCAACAGCAAACUCUGCAAUGUCCUCUUCAAUCAUGAGCUGGCCAAGAGGCUAAAGGGCACCAAUGUCACCUGCUACAGUGUUCACCCAGGGGUUGUUCGAACGGAGCUGUCCCGGAACGUCGGCCUGUGGCAGAAGGUGUUUAUCGAGCCGAUAGCCAGACUGUUGUUCCUGGACACCGUGGACGGGUCCCAGACCACCCUCCACUGUGCGGUUCAGGAAGGCAUCGAGCACCUGAGCGGGCACCACUUCUCCCGCUGCGCUCCACAGGACGUCUGCCCCAAGGGCAAAGACGACGCGGUGGCCAGGAAGCUGUGGGAAGUGAGCGAGAGACUGAGCGGACUGGCUUAGGAGUGCAUACUCCUGGCUUCCUGCCGCGCUGCGGAGGAUACCGGGGAAGAAACCGGUGGCCGUUCGCCAGACCCGUUUUCUGUGCUCGAUUGAUCUUGCCUGGCGCAAUUGAACCAACCAAGAGGACCAGAAA